CAGAGCAACGCAGCUCCAUCUCUAAGUCAGGAGCAGCCCUUGUCCGAACACAGGGCAAGCUGAGGGGAAGGCACCAAGAGGACUGAGAGGAUGGGGAACUCUCUGCUGAGGGAAAACAGGUGGCAGCAGAACACUCAAGAGACACCCUGGAAUGUGAGAAAUCAGAGCCUCAAACAGAGAACACCCAGAUGCUGGGACUGCCACAUCGCUGAUGGGUGUUUCUGCCUUCCGUGGAAAAAAAUGCACAUUUUUAAAGCAAGACAAGAUUCCCCACAGCAAAAUGAAGAAACACCAUCUGCUCCCAUCCAGGAGAAUGUUGACCAGGGCUCCUCCGAGGAUCUGUGCUACACCCUUAUCAAUCACAGCGUCCACGGGAAAAAGCCACCGGGGAACUCUGCUGAGGAGUACUAUGAGAACGUUUCCCUCAAGGCUGAGAGGCCCAGAGAGUCUCCAGGAGGAACUGAGACUGAGUAUUCACUUAUUCGUGUGCCUUCUGCCCCUAGGUAUCCAGCCUCCCCAGAAGAUGAAUAUGAACUUCUCAUGCCCAGUAGAAUUUUCUCUCACUCCCUGAAAUAGCCACAUCCACCUAUGCCCUGUUCUCAGGCUCAAUUUUCCCAUUUUUAAUGAAGUGAUUGAACCAGCACUUAAUACCAGCAAGUAAAAGCCGGGGGUGGGGAGCUCUGGUUGAAGCAGGCGUGGGGCACAAAGCACUCUGAGCUUAUCUCCCCCGCAGCACACACACAACGGCCCUUUCUUUAGGGGUCUCUGCAGAAUGUGGUUUGCAAGCCUCAGGGCCUCUUAGAUCCUCCUCAGUGUCCAACAUCCAAAGGUCAACCAGCUGUCUCAAACUCUCUUGGAGAAGGAAGUGACUAUCUCUGAUUCUGAGUGGCUUUGGAAAUGGGCCAUUCUACUCAGUGGUGGGAAGGACUCCCUGAUCCCCUGCUCCUCUGUUAAGGUUCUUCUUAUAAAAUGCCCACAUGACUGUCCUCUGAAGUCACAGGGAAGCUUACAUCAUAUUCAGUGCACCCAAAGGGGAGUCCUUGUUCCACACAUGUGUGGAGACCCAGCUUCUCACUCGUAGGCUUCCGGGUGGGCACCCGUGGCGUUGCUCUCACUCCACACCACUAAGCAGUGUCCUUCACAGGGCAUCCUUUGACUCAUUGGCUCUGGUGGCUCGGUUGGUUACAUGGGUCGAAUUAGUAAGUUCCAGGCCAGGUUUUUAUGUAUUUUUUAUAUAUUUUUAAUCCAUAUUUUUCAACUUUGUAUUUCUCCCUAGAAAUCUUAGGAAAAUCAUAGCAUCAGAGAAGGAUAGAAUAGAAAGAUCAUUGGAAAUCCU